GGCGGGAUUGUUGAGCUGCAUAUACGGUUUCAAGUUAGUUGGAAAUUCUUGACAAUAAGAACGCAGGGGCGGGAGCAUAUACGCAGUCAUGCCGGGCGUUGAGUAAUCCAAGGAUUUCGAAUGCGACAUCGGACACAAUGGACUGCAUCGAGGGCUUUCGCAUCGCUGGCGACUACGACUGUAGUGUAUACGAUGACGGUAUCUACGGAGACAACAGCGGCCAGAAUGGAGUUAUUCGAUUGGAAGGCUGGAAAACGGGCAUAUUUGUCUCAAAGGGGGACCAUCGAUGAAGCAUACAAGGUAAGGCGUGGCUCUACAUGGCAGCUUCGCGGUUAGGGAAAGUUUGCAGAAUGUGAAGUUGUAUGACGACAAUUAUAUACAAUGAUCAAUCAAUGAGAUGAUGGGCAAUCUCGCUUCCAACGCCAAUCG